CCUGAACAUAAGAAAUCGACGAUUGAUCAAUCCGUGAUGUUUCAAAAUAAUGGUUCCGGAGCGAUGAACUGUUGUCAUCUUGGCGUGAGAGCUCCGCACACUCUACGGAAGAGUCUUAUGGUUUUUCGCAAAUCCGCUCCGUGAAAUGCCAAUCGUGAACUCUAUUUGAGCCCUCGAUGAUUACUGGGCUUUAUCUAGGAGGAUUCGACAUCAGAGCCAUCACUUCACUCGUAAUUCUGCUGGCCCAAGUCACAGCGUGUUCGAGCAGUGUCUCAAUCCUUCGAAUCUAUUCGCAACGUUGUAAGACACGUUCACAUCCUUGCAAUUUCGAUGCUGAUCCAGGCAAGCUCGAAUCUCACAUACCCGCCUGCCUCUGAUGUCAUACUUUCGCUCACUUUGCGACGCGUCAAGGCACCGUCUGAAGACGACAAGGCAGCAUCGUCGCAAUGCCGCGCAUCUUGCCUUGGGCGGUUGAGGCAACCCCGAGGAAAGUCGCCACUGCGACAACAACUCCAACGCCCACCCGGAGAAGAGUACCGUCGCCAAGCGAUGUCGUCAAUUCUGAUCUAGAGGACGUUGACAUUGCCAAAUCACCAGUACGGACAGCACGUCAACGCGAACGCACGCCUUCGACAUCACCUCCACCAGCCCCUUUGUCGGUAGAGUUCAUGAAGGAUGGCUACCACGCGGACGAUAUAUAUCGCAUGGUAGAAGACGAGUUCGUCGCUACUGCGAAGCUCUAUACCCAGCACAUUCAUUACGCGGAGUAUGUUCGACUUAAGAAGUUGGCUGCUUCUCGCGGAAAGGAUGCUUUGGCCGGACUGCACCGUGGGACGGAUGGUAAAACACCGAGGAGUACGACAUUAAAGUUGCGGCAAGAAGCCGAGGACAAUGCGGAGCAGCGGGCGCAGGGACAAGGCGACAGUGACGAUGAUGAUGAAUACCUGAUGGACCCACAGCUGGCAGGUCUCAUGACUGGUGGAUCGCGAUUUCGGGAAGUGCUUAGCCAUGAUUUGACAGUGAAGAUUUCUGCGAAUAAGUCAAAUACACGCGCCGCGGCCGGCUACUCUCAGUCUCCUCACAAGGAGCACAAGACUUUUGAUAUCUUUGGCGCAGGACCAAGCAGGAACCUGUCGAAACCAACUUCGCGAUCCAGUCUCGUCGUAAGUGAGGAUGACGAGACUGACGAGGACGACCUCAAUGCGGCACCACCGCCGGCAGUAAUUCCUACUAGAUUCUCUGCGAGAGCAGGGUCAGUGCCAGGUGCUCCGACUUGGGAUGGCGUCUUUGGAUCCCAAAAUCAAAACUUCGGGAUCGGGGCUAGGCGUGCACUCGAUCACUUCCGAAUCGACAACAUCAAGUGA